AUAACCUUAUAUGCAAUGACGACCGCCAUAGUGGUGGCUCAUGUGCAUCACAUUAUUGUCCCAAUCACCGUAUGUAGAACAUUUUGCUUAUCUGCCAAAUCGCAAAUAAUUUGCAAGUGAAAAUAAUCCUUCUCUCUGUUGCUUCUUUGUGUCUUGUUUUACACUUAAAAAAUAUUCGUCUGGCUUUAUUCAUCGACCAUAACGUGGCCAAUUUUUAUUUUAUUAUCCAUCAAAGUGCUGCAUCAAUUUAAUGCCUGUACGGGUGUGACAGUUCGACUGACAUUUGGAGUUGUUUGUUGAUAUUUUGUCGAUCGGAAAUUGUAAUGUGUGAACAAUGAAUUCACUCUGCGAAUGUAUUAAUUCAGUGAAGAGUUUAUCGUUCAUUUAUUAAUUAGGCCACUGGAAAAACUUCCGAAUGUGUUUUUUUCUUGCGUAAAAUGAUACAGUGGAAGUUUAAAUGUGAGGAUAAAUUUAAAAAAGGAAAUGUAGUCCUCUGCUUCUUGACGUCUCACUUGUGAGGACAAAAUGCCACUCUAUGCAACGCCCCACAGACUACCCCAAGAAAGUAUGAGUGGUGUUAAUCCCGGUGUGCCACCCCAAAUUGUUCCAAUAAGCUGUACACCACCACCAUCAUCUCACAAUAUUAACUUACUACCUGGACAUCCUGCGAAUUUUGUUGGUGCAGACAGAGGAGCACCGCCUUCGUACGAGCAAGUCAUCGAUUCAACUGGACCUCCACCUUCCUAUGAUUCAUUGUUUGGACGAGUACGCGAAGUCCCCAAAGCGUCGAAGGCAGUUUUAGAUUUUCUCCUUAACAUUGUUGUACUUCUUGUUGGAACAAUUGGAUGCACAUUCAUCAUAGGUGUUACCAUACUGAUACCAGUAUGUAUGAUGAUAAUGGGUGGUGUUUACUUGUACGAUUGCCCUCAGAGCGAAUACAUCCCAGUGUAUUUGCUAGUUGGUGGGGGUUUUGGUGUAUUCAAACAAUUAUUGCAUCUCUCAACGCUAUUGCGUAGACGACCUGAGGAGAGAGAUGAAGAAAGGAUACGCCUGUCACCGACCCAAACAUUGAUCAAUUGCUUCAUGCUUGGUUGGUUGAUCAUUGGUUCUCUGUGGGUGUAUAAGGAGUAUGAACCGAAUUACGACCCAGCGAACGGAAAACAUUGCAAUAAAACCUUAUAUCUCUUCGCAUUUUGGCUGAUAACGGCGCUGUACAUUUAUCUGGGCGUGAUAACUGCUUCUCUUUGCUGCAUUUCGUUGGCGAGUGCCAUUGUCCGAAAUUGGGCGUCUGAUGACCUUGUGACAAUGAGAAUGGUGGGUUUGCACUGUUAAUUCAAUUACGAGUCCAAUAAUUAUGAGUCCAUUGGAGGAUGCAAAAAAACAAAUCACGCACAGAUCACUGAGCUAGACAUCGACUAAAUCGUAUUGUGCAAUUAUGGAAUCAACGGUACUCGAGAAGGUUGCAGAAGAAUUACUUGUGCCAUGAAAAAGUGAGGAAUUUUGUACAUAAGAAGUGGUAGACUAUCGCAGGGAUUUUUUUCAAGUGGAGGACACUGUUAUCUGUUCAUGGCCAUAAAGAUGAAAAAUUAAAUCGUCAGAUGUGGUAUUAUUCUGGGAAUUUGGGACUAAUCAGAACGACUGAUGGAUUCGGUGAAUUUAAUUUAUUUUCUUUCAUCGAAUGAAAACGAUAAUUGAGGAAAUAUGGAUAAUUCAUAAUUAUUAAUGACCGAUAUACUCGAUAAUCAGAUGAUACACAAUAAUCAGUGCGGGGCGCUUCAAUUUUUACUGCGCCAAAUUAAAAUGAUAGUUAUUAAUAGGAGAUCGACAUUAUAUUUAACUGAGAAUUGGCUGCUAUUUUGUAUGGGAUAUUGACUAGAAAUGUAGGUUGUGAGUGAGCUGGAAGAACGUAAGUAUGAACAUGUUGAAAUUGAUACUGCACUUAGUUAUCUUUCGCUCAUAUGAAUCUCACAAUGAUUACAAUUACUUAUGGAAUCAGUGCAUUUAAUUUAUUUCAUUUUAUCGAAUGAACAUGAUUAUUGAAGAUGUGUGAAUAAUCCACCUCUACCAAUGACCUAACUACUCAAUAAUCAGAUAAUCCACAAUAAUCAGUGCGGUGCGCUUUAAUGUUUAUUGUGCCAAGAAAAAAUAAUAGAUACGAAUAAGAGAGAAACAAUUAUACAUAAUUGACCUUUUUUUAUUUUGCAUUAAAAAUGUGGGGUAUUCUGAGAGUCUGAAGAAUGUGGAUAUGAAAGUAUCCAAAUGAUGAUAUUGAAACUAUGAUUUGAAUGACUAUAGUGAUUUUUUAAAAUCAAUUUUUAUGGUGAUUAAGACUGCGUAAUUAUGUUUGCAUUUUUUAAAAAUGAGUUCCCCUCUCAAGUCGUUAUCCGUCCUUAAUCCACCGAUGUAUUUUUUUAUUGCUCAUUUGUGAUAGGGGUAGAUUUUUAUUUAACGCGCAUCUACACAUUUCUUACAUUUUCAUUAAUUUUCCACCAUGUGACGUUAGGGCUACCUUCAAUCACUUUCAAUAUAUGAAGAAAGACAACUUAAGCUCUGUGAAUAACUAUAAUAUAUCUUUAUGUUAAGAGGGUGGUUGACAGAAUGAAGAGAUAAAUGUCAUUGGUGCAAAAUAUUGUUAAUACAUAAUUCAAUGUAUGAAGAAUGACUGGAAUUUUGUUUAUUCCAUUUUAAUACUUAUGUUAUGAAAAAUUAUUUUAUCGCAACCUUUCGAUCAAAUUGACCGAGAAAUAAUUAUCUGUGAACGAUAAUAAUACUAUCCCAUACUGAUAAAAUAUUCUAGUAACAUGAUGCUAAACUAUUCCUUGAAAACAAUGAUAAUCUCUCAUUAUUCUUAUAAGACUAUACAGCCAUGACUAUUAUGGCUUUGGUUCGAUUCACAAGAACAGCAAGAAAAUAAAAAAAAAAAGAUGUACAAAGAAGAAAAGUGCAAACAUGAUAAUUAUAUAAGCACGUCAUUGGUUUUUUUUAUUUCUGCCUAAUAAAGUUCUAUUAAAAUAAAAAUGGCAUUGAAACAGCA